AUGGAUCACUUUGCUCGAGUAUGUUGCAAGCCACCAGUUGCGAAACAAAAGGUGGGAGUAAAAGCUAUACAAGACAAGCCGCUUAAUGAAUCAAGCUCAGAGGAUGAAUAUCUGUAUCAUGUACACGAUGAGAAGUCGCACUUGAAACAGCCUGUACUUGAAGUAACUUUUCAAAACACUAAGCUAGAAAUGUUGGUCGAUACAGGGGCAGCAGUCAACGUCAUCAAUAAAUCUAGAUAUGACUCGCUUUCUGACUUGCCGAUUUUAGACACCACAAAUAAGCAGCUGUUCGGAUACCACCAAGUUGAACUUUCACCCGAAUCUCGCAACAUAACCACUUUCACAACACAUGUAGGACUCCGACGAUAUAAACGUCUCAUAUUUGGCAUAAGUUGUGCUGCUGAAAAGUUUCAGGAUAUUAUUCGCACUAGUCUAGAAGGCCUUGAGGGUGUAAGAAACCUAAGCGAUGACAUAAUCAUAUUCGCAAAAGAUCAAACGGAGCAUGACAAACGACUGGAAGCUACACUACAUCGACUACGAGAAAGGGGCAUAACUCUCAAUCGAUCAAAAUGUGAGUUCAACAAGGACAGCAUAGAGUUCUUUGGUUACAUAUUCUCUAGCAAAGGUUUGUCAGCAGACCCUAAGGAAAUUGACGCCAUAAAAUCAGCUGAAGCUCCAGCCAACGUAUUUGAAGUCCGGAGCUUCUUGGGACUAGCUAAUUAUGUUUCGAGAUUUAUACCAAACUUUGCUACUAUCGUUGCUCCACUCGGAGUUUUAACUCACCAGGACGUCAGUUGGAAAUGGAUUGAAACUGAGCAAAACGCAUUUGAAACACUCAAAAACGCACUCAUUGAGGAUGUGAUCGAAUACUAUGACCCAGCAAAGCCAGCUGAACUCAUUGUUGACGCAAGCCCAGUAGGACUUGGGGCUGUAUUGACACAAUCUGGAAAAGUAGUUGCUUACGCUAGUAAAUCGCUCUCCGACGUUGAAAAGAGAUAUUGUCAAACGGAAAAAGAAGCUCUCGCCAUAGUAUGGGUUCCAAAAGCUAUGACACUCUCAGAGAUAGCACUCGCAACACAGAAAGAUGAAGUUUUACAAUCUGUCAUGGAGAGAAUCUCACGAGGUGAUUGGACUGGAGUAGACAAAGAUUCUGAUUUAUUUCCUUACAUGAGAGUGAAGGACAAACUUUUUAUCGUUAAUUACGACGAAGGCAGCAUUCUUCUGUAUGAAACAAAAAUCAUCAUGCCUCACACUCUUCGUAAAAGAGUUGUUGAUCUCGCCCAUGAAGGACAGCAAGUAGAAACGAUAUGCAAGCAAUGUAUACCUUGUCUUGCUAGCACACAGUCAAACAACAAGGAACCCCUCCAAAUGACACCAAUUCCGCCCAAACCUUGGACUCAUUUGUCAGCGGAUUUUUGUGGACCUUUUCCCUCAGGGGAAUACUUACUUGUUGUAAUGGAUGAUCAUUCUAGAUUUCCGAUGGUGGAAAUUGUUUAUUCCACAUCAGCUCGCACUGUCAUUCCUGUAUUUGACAAGAUAUUUUCUAUAUUUGGUAUACCAGAAGUUCUCAAAACUGACAAUGGACCACCAUUUCAAUCCAGUGACUUUGCGAAAUUUGCCAGCUACUUAGGAUUUCGUCAUCAGAAAAUCACACCUUUGUGGCCAAGAGCAAACGGUGAAGCUGAACGUUUCAUGAAAACUUUGAGCAAAGCCAUCAAAACAUCCAAUGUGGAAGGACUCAACUGGAAACAGGAGCUCUAUAAGUUUCUCCGCAAUCAUCGUGCUACGCCACACAGCACAACAUCAGUGUCACUAGCUGAAUCACUUCUAGGACGACAACUUCGCACAAAGCUCCCAGGAAUCGAACAUAGUUCUACUACUCUUGACCGACAAGUAAUGAUAGAACGGGACACAGCUCGCAAACACGACAUGAAGCAGUAUGCAGAUUUAAAGAACCAUGCAUCAAAAAGUGACAUAAAGGAACGUGAUGUUGUUCUCGUAAAACAACCCAUCAGAAAUAAGCUUGCUACACCAUAUAAUGCAAAUCCAAUGUUGUCAGAAAGAAAAAGGGCAGUAUGCAAACUGCUAAAAAUAAAGAUCGAAGCAUAA